AUGCAGGGAGAGGUCGUACUAGAAGCCUCAUGUUACUGUCUAAGAAAGAAAGGUCUCUUGGAGUUUUAUAACUGGCUUCAAGGGCAUCUUCCAGCUAAUAUGACAGUGGACCAUGAAAUGUAUUUUGUAGAAUGUGUUGACUUUGCCAAAUCCUUCAUCCAACAGUAUAUCAAAGAGGAUGAUGUAUUAUUCAAAGUGCUCUUGCAUCUGCUUUGUGUACCUUGUUGUGCAGAACAGGAUGAAAAGGAAAAGGUUGCAUUGGAGGAUUCGAAUGGCAAUUUACUUUUCCGUGUCUCAGAUCUUUUCAAUCCUGUACUCUUGUGCUUGCGUAAAGUGUGUGAUUCAUGGAGCUUAUUUGUGGAAUUUCUAGUGGGUGGGCAAGCUACAAAUCAGUCAUUUUGCAAGAAAAGAAAAGUUUCAUUGGGUGGCUCAAGUUCCUGGGGAGAGGAUUCUCUUGCACCAACAAAAAAUCAUCUCACAUUUCUUCAUGAUGAACCUGAUGAAGAAAAUGAAAAUGGCUGCAAGCAUACCCAAAAUGGAGGACAGUAUUUCAAAGAAGCCAAAGAGUGCUUACUUUCACUUAAAAUUUCUAUUGAAGGUCUACACCAAAAGAAUCUGUUUCCCUACAAUCCUAAUGUUCUUCUGAACCGGUAUGUCUCUUUGAAAUGA